CAGCCGGCUCCGGCCCCGCGCCCAGCGUCCUUCCCUGCAGUUCUCCGGCGUUUGCCGUUCGGAUAUCGAAUGGCUGGGUCGGUGCCCUGGGAGUUAGCGUAGCCCUCGGGUUUAUUUCGGACACUUUGGCGUGCGCGGCUGAUGUGCACGCGUGGAUCUUCCCAGGCCACCCGCUUUGUAUGCCGUCAGUGUAUUUGGGCCUCGUCUCUCCGGUAUCCUAAUUUACUAUCGGGAACUGGAGCGGCUUAAAAUACUUACAAGUAGCCAAAGGAUUUUUGUCCUGGCAGCGAUCGCUAGCAUAUAAUUUUGUCCUUGUCUUGAUGAAGCACAUCCCGAAGGAGAAGAGACGACGCUCAGAAAUGAGCUUUGGGGGUGGCGAAGGCAGAGAGCAACUUCUGGAUUGUGACAACUGUAAAAGCAAUGACCAUUUUUUCAUUCCACCUAGAUGGUAUACUUUAUGGCUGAAGCUGCUAAUGUUUUUAUUCAAUACUGAGGAGCAAAGAUCAAAUUUGUCACCACUGUCUCAGAGGGGUUUUCAGUUCUCAGGCAGGCGCAACUGGAAUGCAGCAAAAGACUUGCAGAGAUACAGGCAUCGUUACCCGGGUCUGAUAGAAUCAGAAAAUGAGGAGGAAGAAGAGAUGUGGAACUUAAGCUUUUAUAAAAAUGAGAUUCGUUUUUUGCCCCAGGGUUUGCAUAUUGAAACUCUGCUUGAAUCUUGGUGGGACAACUAUGAAGUUCUGGAAGAAAACCAUUCUUACAUACAGUGGCUAUUCCCUUUACGUGAACAUGGGAUGAAUUGGCGUGCCAAACCACUCACGUGUCAAGAAAUCCAGGCCUUUAGGAAGUCCAAGGAAGUUAUGCAAAGGUUUAUACGUGCUUAUCAGCUCAUGCUGAGAUUUUAUGGAAUCGUUCUGGUCAAUGAGGAAACCGGAGAACUUAAGAGAGCAGAGAAUUGGGCGGAACGAUUUCAAAACUUGAACCGGUUCAGCCACAACAAUUUGCGGAUUACUCGCAUCCUGAAGUGCCUGGGGGAGAUGGGAUAUGAACACUAUCAAGUGCACUUGGUAAAGUUUUUCCUAACAGAAACUCUUGUUAAGGAGACAUUACCAAAUGUCAAGAGAAGUGCCUUGGAUUACUUCCUGUUCACCAUCAGAAGCAAAUGGAAGAGAAGAGAACUAGUCCACUAUGCUUGGCGACACUUCAAGCCUCGAGGCAGCUUUGUGUGGGGGCCGCAUGACAAACUCUUGAAGUACAGACCCCGCUCUGCCAAGUCACAGCUGCACCAAAAGGCUGAAGAUAAACAGGAAACCCCUGGUGAAAAAUCUGAUGAUUCUGUGGAAAAGGAUGAGAACCAGUCUCUAGAGGAAGAACAGAAAGCUGGAGAUGCUGCAGACUCGCAGCCUAAAGUGAAUGAUGAAGAUGUAAAAGAGAAGAUAAGUGAAUGUGUUUUGAAAGGAGGAGAUGGUGAAGAGGAGAAAGAGGCUUCAUUUACCCAGCAGGAGCAGAAGGAUUUAAACAGUGAGGCUGAAGAAGUGCAGGGUACAGCAGAGAAUGACUGCACAAAGGAGAGCAAGAAGAGAAAACUGGAUGCAAAUAUGGCGGAUGCUAAAAAGAGUGGACCAUUGAAAAGCCCUACUGAUAUUGAAAACAUUUCCCGUAAUCUGGGAGAAUGUGCAAUUGAUGCAGAAAUCCCCUCCUCAGUUCCGCUCUUGCAAGCAGAAGAGGACCAGGAAACACUGAAAGAAGACAAUGCAGGCACCAAAGGCUCAACAGUGCUGGAGACCGCAGAUGCAGCUGUAAAACGGAGGAAAGUUGAUAAACGAACAUCGAGAACCAGAACGUUCAACUUGGCCAUAAACCUGAACAUAAACAUGAACAUCAGGCCCUUUGUCUCUAGUGCCAAGUUAAAUCCAUCUGUUGCAAAUGCCGAGGCUGAAAAAGAGAACGUCAGUGAGAACAAUGCAACUGUGGAAGUGACAACUGAGAAGGGUGGUGGUGGUGCAAAUGGUGGGGCUGUGAGACCGCCGGUGGGUUCCAGGUUCCCCAAGACUGGCUGGACUUCUCCAAUAAGUGAUGGCUUGGAGUCGAGUAAAGAUCAAGUCACAGCAAGGAGUUAUCAGUACCACUGCAACAGCACGCUCCUGGCAGGCAAAAGUGAGGUGGAUGGGGUAGAACAGCAUAAAAAGGCAGAAAACGCAAGUGAAAAGGGGCAAGCAGAAGUCACAGGCAAGAAACAAGUUCUAGAGAGUCUUGAGCAGAGCAUGGCAUCCAUUUGUCCUGAAGAAGACAGCUCUGAGGUUGUAACACACAAACCUGAAAGCUCUGAGCAUGCAGCAGAACCUGAUAAAGAGCAGGUAGCAGCCGAAUGAGACCAGCACGGCAAGCACUCGAGCAAGUGGAGAUGACGCUGCCCUGACUGCUAGGAGCCAGCUUUGGUGAUUUUGGUAGCAGAAGUAUACGGAAGAAGAAACUUCCUUUGGGCUGAUCCAGGCUAGCCCCUGUCUGACUUUCAUUCUUCCACACUUUUUUAAUCAUCUGUAGUAACUUCACUGAGACCCAGCCCUUGGUUACCCUAAAGAGGAAAACUAACUUAGUUAUCUUCACAGACAGGCUGUGUCCUGUUCCUGUUUUUUAUCUGAUGUUCAGGACUGUCUUGGAGCAACAGGGAUUUUUGCACUUUGCUUUGAUUAUGGUAUGUCCCUUCUUAAAGAGAAGAGGAAAACUGAUCUGUUUUCUUGUUUGAACUAGUCAAGUAUUUAUUAAAUACAUGAUUUUUAAUGUAAGACAGCAUGACCUAAUUUGCCAGGCCUUUCUAUUACCAUGUAACUUCUAUUUGCUAUUUUGAAAGGCUGUACCUUCCCAGCAGAUUUAUUCCUGGCAAAGGUGCUGUUUGCCUGAAAGCUACUGUUCUCCAGGGUGCAAGGUACUGAGUAAUUUGUUCCCUUUAUUCCCCAUAGAAGUUGCUUUGUAGUGCUUGUUGGAGUUGUUAAGGAUGUGAAUCGUGUAUUGGUUUCUAAGAGAUAUACCUUCAGACUUUGCAUAAAGCUGUCUAGAGCUCUUCUUCCCCAGGUUUUUCCACCACUUCCAGACCCUUGAUAGUCUUCCACAGAUAUUUAGGUCCGCUACUGGUUCAAAUGCCUUCCUUCCUCAACUGCCAAAAUAGAACAAAUAUUUGUCGUUGCAUUUUUUCAGACUUUGCUGUUAAUUUGCAGUGGCCUCUGGGGCUAUGUUUUCUGCAGGCCCAUUGCCUGAAGUUAGAUGUGUCAGAUUUAAGCGACUUCCCAGUUAGGGCAGGAUUGUUUUACCAUUAAUGAUCAGCAUGUCAGACAGUGAGGGCACAUUCGAGUGCAGCAUGGCUGGAAACCACUGGGCUUUGUGGGGCAGUUAAUUGAAACUUUAAUUGGAGGAGGUACGCUUGUCUGGUUCGUUUAUUUACAGCCCUCAAGAAUUUACUUUCAGACCUUGCCAGCUAUUUGUCUGCCUUAAUGUUCCUGACCUCCCUGUUAGCUAUUCUGCCUGACUUACACAGUAUUCAACCGCGUCUGAAGGAGCUUUAAACAAUUUAGCACUUUCGCUCCUAGAGAUUUACAACAGAGGACCUGUUUCAUGAAGCAGAGGAAACCGUUUCCAAUAGCCAGAAGGUCUGAACUUGCUGUUUGCUCAGAUUGUUUGUUUUAGUUUGGGGGUUUUUAGGUGCUCUUUGUUUUGUGUAGGAGAUGGCUAGAGGCUUGCCUGCCUUGCCAGAGAGCAGAUGCAGUAGCCUGUGCAACGUUAAUGUUUUUCCUCUCUCUGCUACAGCUUUUAAGAAGCUUCAUCUUUCAAGGAAUUUGAUCAGUGACUUGCCUUCCUGGACUGUAGGUCCUGAUCCAGCAUGCCACAUACAUGUGUGUGGGAAUAAAAGUCUGCAAGCUUAACAUCUAAUGUUCAUGGUCACACACGUGCUGGAAAAAGGCUUUAAUGUUUUUAAAAUACUUUUUUUUUUUUCUCCUUAUGAACAAGUGGAGUUAAAUAGCCAAUAAGAAUACACUUAACUACAGAUAUAAAUACUUGAAGAUGUUGAGUGAAAAUUCUUUCAUAGAAGAUUCAUAAGAAAUUGUUAAUUGUGGCUUUUGUACAGAUUUAUAGUAAUUUUUUUAUUUAAGAAGUUUUUGUUGUGAAUAUGUGCUCAGUUGGGGCAUAGAUCAUAAAUCUUGUUAUGGUGAUCUGUGAUUUUUGUGUUUAGUGGGAUUUCACUGUGAGCUCUAGUCUGGAGUGCUCAAACCAAACCAUUCCCUAUCAUGAUCAGGUUUAGAGUUUUGGCUGUAGGUGUUUGCAGUGAGUUCACACGAUGUUUUCCAGCACUCAGAGGUGUAUCACAGAGUCUGUUAUAUUAAUGUCACCUAUUAAAGCAUGACUUUAAUGCA